UCCUCCUCCUCCACCUCCCCCUUUCGAUCAUCCCCCACCUCCUCCUCCUCAUCCACCACCACCUCCACCACAUCACCCACCUCCACCUCCUCAUUUUGAUCCAUUGAGUUGUGACCGUUCUGUUGGUUUACUCUUUUUAUUAUUAAUGUUUGGAACUGCCUGGCUUGCAUUAACUCUUGCAAACUUUCGAAAAACAAAAUUUUUUGGAAAAUAUAAACGAGAAAUUGUCUCGGAUUAUGCUCUUCCAUUAGCCGUUUGUGCAAUGACUUUAAUUGCAAAUUUUUGGUUUGGCGAUGUUCCAAAGGAAACAUUUAAUUUGGAUGAAAAUACCCCAGCAUUUAAUUUUGGAAAAUUCUGGCUGUUACCUUUAACUGGGCAUUUACUUUGCUGUUUUUUGGGACUGCCUUUAGCAAUACUUUUUGCUAUGGACCAAAUGCUAGUUACCUCUACUGUAGAUAAUGCUCAGAAUAAUUUAAAGAAAGGCCCAGCCGCAAAUUGGGAUUUUAUGAUUGUUUCAUUAAUUAAUAUCCCCCUAUCUAUAUUUUGCCUUCCUUGGAUGCAUGCAGCUCUACCUCAAUCAUUUCUUCAUUUAAAAGCCCAAGCUGACGUUGAAGAUAAAUUAUUAAAUGGAACAGUUCAGCCUACUAUUGUAAAAAAUCGGGAAUCGAGAUUAGCUACACUUUUGGCACAUUCAUUUAUGGUCCCAACAUAUUUUUUGGCUCUUAAUUAUUUAAGGCAUUUUCCAACAUCUGUUUUUAAUGGAGUUUUCCUUUUUCUUGCAUAUUCAAGUACAAUUGGCAAUGAAAUUUGUCAAAGGACUUUGUUACUUUUUACUGAACAGCGUUCCUAUCCACCUACUCAUUAUAUUCGACGCAUUCCUCAAAGAAUUGUGCAUCUAUUUACACUAACUGAAUUAUUUCAAUUGGCUAUAUUACUUAUUAUUGGGCACUUUCCCUGGCCAGUUAUUCGUCUCUUCUUUCCCUUAGCUUUAAUUAUUUUUAUUCCUCUCAGAGCUCUAAUUUUCCCAUGCAUUUUUAAAGUGGAACACUUGGAAAUAAUUGAUGGAGUUCAUUAA